AUGGAAGGGGAAAAGAAUUCUGUGCUUGAUACUACGAGGCGGUACACUCGCCUGGAGCUUUCGUCGGGCGCUGUUCAUCCUUUUCAGGUAUAUGGAACGGCAUUCAAAGAGGACCGCACAGAGAACCUGACAGCUUUGGCUCUCGAAACGGGCUUCGUGGGACUAGAUUCAGCCAACUAUCCCACCGCUUAUGAAGAAGGGCAAGUUGGGGAGGCUAUUCAGAAGGCGCUACAAUUGGGAGUGAAGAGAAGUGACCUCUUUAUUCAGACCAAAUUCACGCCCGCGUGGGCUCACGCCCCAGGGAAGAUCCCUUACGAUACAGCACAGCCCUUGGAGGCUCAGGUCAAGGAAUCAAUCGAGCAAUCGUUUCAGCUUUUAAAGAUUGACUAUAUUGAUGCUCUGUUUCUCCACGUGCCGUUUGAUAAUGACGAGGACAAUCUUGUGGCUUGGCGGGUGAUGGAAAGCUACGUGCCCACACGCAUUGGAGUACUAGGUGUGUCCAAUUUUGCCUUGCCAGCAUUUCAGAAGCUGUACGAAGCUGCAGCGAUCAAACCUGAAAUUGUGCAAAAUAGAUUUCAAGAAGACAAUGGGCACGACUACGAAAUUCGCGAAUUCUUACAGAAGAAUGGUGUUAUCUACCAAGGAUUCUCUCUCUUGAAAGCAAACAGCGUUGCGCGCAAUUCAGAGUUGGUGCAACGAGUGGCGACGCAUUUCAAGGUUGCCAAAGAGGUUGCCUUCUAUCUGCUAUUCUUGGGUCUGGGCAAGGUUGCUAUUGUCAAUGGAACCACAAGCAAGGAGCACAUGCGCGUGGAUCUAGAUAAGAUCACGAGUGUACUAGAGGACAAACAGACGCUGCACGAUCUUGUCGGGUAUCAGAAAGAAUUCGAAAAGCUUCUGCUCCAGGAUGUCCAAUAA